UGGAUUACCAUGGUUACCGUCAGAUGGCGACUUUCGUCUCACGAUGACUGAUGGAGAACGGAUGUGCGAGAGUUGUGCGCGUUCCUCCCGUGCAGUCGAGCCGGGAACUCGAAACCUGUCGCGAUCACGAGCCGACCUUUGACUCCGCUCUUCAUGAACCUUCGUUCAACAUACAACAACUCCUGACAGCUUCUGUCAACGGUGAAUCAGACGAGUCAUUCUUCUUCUCAUCUUAUCGGAAAUACUGCCAGUCCCUUUUGAGCGAGGACGAACCUUGCGAAGGAUCGAGCCAUGGGCCGCACAGGAUACACGUGCAUCAGGCACGUCUUCUGCUCCCUCAACCUUCUCAUUUGGUUAUGCGCUUGCGGAAUUUUGGGUGCAGGCCUAUGGCUGCGAUUGGCAUUCUCUGGAUACUCAACCUUGGUACCGCAUUACAGUUUCGCGUCAGCUGACUCGUUCCUGCUCGCUGCCGGAUGCGUGACCUUCGUCAUCGCCUUCUUCGGAUGCUGCGGUGCUUGGUUUCAAUCGCGAUGCAUGUUAAUCACGUAUUUCGGUUUGGUGAUAUUGAUGUUCCUGGCUGAGUUUAUGCUAGGCACUCUUGCCUUCAUCUUCAGGGAACAUUUGGCAAAGAGUUUGAAGGAGGAGUUACUGUAUGGUAUCGAGAGACACUACGAUCAGAAUAGAGAACCUGGAUCGCUUUCUUCCGUAUGGGACCACAUACACACCGAGUUCCACUGUUGCGGUGUACGGGACUACACCGACUGGUUCCAGAUCUCAGCGUGGCCAACGGAGGAUCGCGUACCCGACUCUUGUUGCAUACAGAGAGAACGAUAUUGCGGUCGUCUCGACCCGGAGGGACGUAACAAGGAGUUGUGGUACAAGGAAGGCUGCGCCACGGCUAUUCAAAUGUGGCUGGUUACCAGGCUUCACGUGGUCGGCAUUGUCGGUCUCGUGGUCGCUUUCCUUCAGUUGUUCGGACAAGUAGCCAGUAUGAUUUUAUUCUGCACCGUCAGGCACAAGAGAUCGUCCCACACUUACAAGAGCUACGAUACAACGAAUACCUAGAAUUUCCGAUGGAUCUUAGACGAGACCAGUGUCUAGGAUCCAUGAUUUCAAAAAAAAAAAGAAAAAAAAAGACAAUUCUACCAUACACCGGAUAAUCACGAUCUUCUUCGUCAAGUUUAAAGAAGAUUUCGAUUGUUACGCUUGUCCUGAUUCGAGAAUAAUUCAUUCUCUUCGUUGUCUCCCUGAUAAGAUAACACACUCUUCUUCUGUUCAAGUUCGAGUAGGAUCGUCGCGAUGAUCGUGGAAAUUUCUGUUUAUCGACUAACAAGAAAGUGGAGCGAAAUAAUUAACGAGCAUGUUUCGAGAGAUACGUACGACGAGUCAUUAGGCUAAUGGGCCAUUAGCGUUGAUAAACGAGUCUUUCUCGAUUCAACCGCCAAUACAGUCAGUUUUCAAUGAAACCUACUGUUAAUUCGUAGAUUCGUCGUACUCACUUUCGUAUAAGGUUCGAGGAGAAUAAAAUGUUAGUGUUCGAAUGGUUACAUCUUAUGUUAUCUUUGCAUGCGAUAAUUGUUUAUUUACUAAGUGUUACGUUAUCACACGCUACGCAUACCAAAAUUGCUGUUUGCACCACCAGCCACUCGAUCGUUCGUUUGUAAGGUAUGCUGGUCGUGCAAUCAAGAGCACAUAAUUGUUUUUACUCGUUUUAAGAUCGUUUCACACAGCUACGGUAUACAAAGAGACUUCUUUACUUCGAUUAGCUUUAAAUCCCGGGGCUGUGCCGAUCCAACGUUUUUAUUCGUAUAUUUAUUUGAUUGUACGCGCAGUCGUAUAGUUAGUAAUUAACAAUUUCAUUAUUAUGACAGAUCGAAAUUCUUCCCGACUUUAAUAAUUUAUAUUUAUUCAACGUGUUCUGGAAUUCGUAGUUUGCAGUAGAACACAAAAGUAUCGUUUGGAGCUGCAACGAAGCUCGUAAGGUUUGUCGUAUAUCGUUCGUUUAAUAAAUAAUAUAUUUAUGCCACAUCA